CUUUACGACGGUGUCGCAACGUUGUUUCUUCAGUAAAUAUGGCUAGUUUGGCAGAUGUCAGCUGGAAGGUGUUGGAGUUCAGGGCAAGAUCAAAACGUUCAGUUUAGCUGAAAGACGGUUAUCAUAAACUACACCUAUUGAAAAUGGCCAGCUUCGGAGAUGAGUGUCCCAGCUCUGAUCAUAUUCUUCAGAGAUACAGCUCUGUCUAUGAACCUUUGAAGAGUGUUAAUCUUCCUCGACUAGAUGAUGAGUCUCUAUGGGAUAAAUUGGACAGAUACUACAGUGCAGUUAAAUCAACAAUACUCAACUACCAGAGUCCCACCACUGGUUUGUUUCCAGUCAAGACCUUUGGGGAAUGCAAUGAGGCUAAAGUCCGAGACAGCUUGUAUUGUGCAGCCAGUUCCUGGGCUCUAUCACUGGCAUACAGGCGCAUUGAUGAUGACAAGGGACGGACUUAUGAGCUGGAGCACUCUGCUAUAAAAUGUAUGAGAGGGAUUCUGUAUUGCUACAUGCGGCAGGCUGAUAAGGUAGAACAGUUUAAGCAAGAUCCAAGUCCUUCAAAAUGCCUUCAUUCAGUUUUCAAUGUGCACACAGGAGAUGAAAUCUUUUCUUAUGAUGCAUACUGUCACCUGCAGAUUGAUGCUGUCUCUCUGUUCCUGCUCUACCUUGUGGAGAUGAUCUGCUCUGGGCUUCAGAUUAUCUACAAUACAGAUGAAGUGGCUUUUAUCCAGAACCUUGUGUUCUGUGUAGAGAGAGCUUACCGUGUUCCUGAUUUUGGAAUAUGGGAGAGAGGAAGUAAAUACAACAAUGGAAGUACUGAGCUGCAUUCAAGUUCUGUGGGUCUGGCCAAAGCAGCGCUUGAAGCUAUUAAUGGAUUCAAUUUGUUUGGAAAUCAGGGCUGCUCAUGGUCUGUCAUUUUUGUAGACCUUGAUGCUCAUAACAGAAACCGACAGACACUAUGUUCCCUGCUCCCUAGAGAAUCAAGAUCCCAUAACACGGAUGCUGCCCUCCUGCCGUGUAUCAGUUACCCUGCGUUUGCUGUGGAUGAUGAUGCUCUGUAUAAUCAGACCCUGGACAAAAUAGUGCGAAAACUGAAAGGAAAAUACGGCUUCAAGCGGUUUCUGAGAGAUGGUUACAGAACAGCUCGUGAGGAUAAAAACAGGAGGUACUACAAGCCUGCAGAAAUCAAGCUCUUUGAUGGAAUUGAAUGCGAGUUUCCAUUGUUUUACAUCUACAUGAUAAUUGAUGGUGUUUUUAGAGGAAAUUCGGAGCAAGUGAAAGAAUAUAAGAAAUUGCUGGAUCCUGUGAUUUUUCAUUCCUAUGAUGGGCAUGCUAUUAUCCCGAAGUAUUACCAUGUGCCAGCUGAUUUUGUAGAGGCCGAGCAAAAGAAUCAUGGGAGCCAGAAGCGUUUUCCCAGUAACUCUGGACGUGACGGGAGACUUUUUUUGUGGGGGCAGGCCCUCUAUCACAUUGCAAAACUGCUUGUGGAUGGUCUGAUUAGCCCAAAAGACCUUGACCCAGUGAGGCGCUAUGUGCCACCUGAAGAUCAGAGGAAUGUCAGUAUGAGAUACUCCAAUCAGGGUCCUAUUGAAAAUGACGUGGUGAUUCAUGUUGCUCUGAUUGCUGAGAGCCAACGCCUACAAGUCUUCCUGAACACCUAUGGUAUUCAGACACAAACCCCUCAGCAGGUGGAGCCCAUACAAAUAUGGCCGCAGCAAGAGCUAGUGAAGGCGUAUCGUUAUUUGGCUGUGAACAAGAAGCUUGGGUUGAGUGGACGGCCAGAGAGGCCAGUUGGGUGCAUUGGGACAUCUAAGAUUUAUCGAAUUCUAGGAAAGACUGUGGUGUGCUACCCAAUAGUCUUUGAUUUAAGUGACUUCUACUUGUCCCAAGAUGUCAUGUUGUUGAUUGAUGAUAUCAAGAAUGCAUUGCAGUUCAUCAAGCAAUACUGGAAAAUGCAUGGGCGACCUCUGUUCCUUGUACUUAUUCGAGAAGACAACAUCAGGGGUAGUCGAUUCAACCCAGUCUUAGACAUGCUGGCGUCUUUCAAGAAGGGAAAUGUUGGAGGUGUGAAGGUUCACGUGGACAGACUUCAGACUUUGAUAUCUGGAGCAAUUGUGGAACAGCUGGACUUUCUUCGCAUAAAUGAAGCAGAAGAAAUCCCUGAAUUCAGGAGUUUUGAAGAGCUGGAGCUUCCUAAGCACUCAAAAGUGAAGAGGCAGACCAGCACUCCCAAUGCAUCUGACCUGGAGCAGCAGCCAGAGAUCGACAUUAAUGAGUGGAAUCAAAAAAACACAUACGAGAUCAUCCAAAAAUUAAAUGACUGUGACUGCCUUGCAAGCCAAGCUCUACUUGCAGGCAUACUCCUGAAAAGGGAAGGCCCUGAUUUCUUUGUCAAAGAUGGGACCCUCAUGGAUGAACUGGAGAGAAUCUACAGAAGAGCUGGAAGUAGAAAACUUUGGUCUGUUGUACGUCUAGCUGCCAGUCUGUUAGGUAAACUAGUGGACAGCCUUGCACCAUCUAUUACUAAUGUAUUAGUACAGGGAAAGCAGGUUACACUGGGGAUCUUUGGCCAUGAAGAGGAGGUGAUUUCUAACCCCCUGUCUCCUGGAGUCAUUAAAGGCAUUAUCUACAGUAAGUGCAGCCCACAUGGGGAACGGGAAGCAGUCCUCCAACAAGAGCUUGUCAUUCACAUCGGCUGGAUCAUCUCUAACACUCCGGAACUCUUUCGUGGAAUGCUCAAAAUAAGAAUUGGAUGGAUCAUCCAUGCCAUGAAGCAUGAACUGAAGAUCAGAGCUGGGGAUAUGCCUGCCCAAGACCUGUAUCAGCUCUCACCCAGUGAAGUCAAACAGUUGCUUUUGGAUGUUCUCCAGCCACAACAGCAAGGAAGGUCCUGGUUGAAUAGGCGUCAAAUUGAUGGCUGUCUCAACCGAACGCCUCUGGGCUUUUAUGACAGAGUGUGGCAGAUUCUGGAAAGGACUCCAAAUGGCAUUAUGGUUGCUGGUGUACACCUUCCACAGCAACCAACACUGUCAGAUAUGACCAUGUAUGAGAUGAACUUUUCCUUACUGGUGGAAGACAUGCUGAAGAAUAUUGUUCAACCAGAGUACAGGCAAAUCAUUGUGGAGCUGCUGAUGGUUGUGUCUAUUGUUUUGGAGAGAAACCCUGAACUGGAGUUUCAGGAUAAAGUGGACUUGGACAAGUUGGUGAAGGAGGCUUUUAAUGACUUCCAGAGGGACAGAAGCCGACUGGAGGGGGUGGAGAAACAGGAUGAUAUGACAGCAUUCUACAAUACCCCUUCACUUGGCAAAAGAGGAACAUCUAGUUACCUGACCAAGGCUGUGAUGAUUGCUUUGCUGGAGGGAGACGUGAAGCCAAGCAAUGAUGACCCCUGUUCUGUCAGCUGAAAGAAAUGAACCCUGCAGCUGCUGUGUUUUUCUCACUUACUAUUAUGCAACGGAGGUCGUUUCAAUAUAAAAGGCAGUAAAUUAGAAUGCAUGAAUGAAACUGUUUAAGAAGUGUAACAGUGUUAUACAAAUAAGGAAAAAUAAUCUUCUUGAGGCUUUUACUGUAAAGUCUGAGAAGCAGUCUAAAAGAUUGAGGGAGACAGAUGACCUGAGGAGUACAUGUAUUCAGGCUUUUUGACUGUGAGACACAUGAAUGUUCGGCAAUACAGCUGUGCCAUGCAUUUUAAAAAAAGGCUGCCCUGAAAGCUACAGUACAUUUUACAUUUCAGUGAUUAAUGCUUGUUUGUAUUUUGAACUACUUAUUUUUUCACAUAUAGUGGUUAGGAGCUGUUGAGUUAAGCAGUGAGUUUUUGGAUGCUCUGAAUAAUUUAUAAAAAUACUCUUACCUGUAUUUUUUUGUUCUUAUUAUGUAUAUCCCUGUUUACAUGUUUAGUGCAGAAUGAUUAUAUUAUCAGAAGUGUGAAUAACAGAUUAAACAGUUGUUGAAGAAUA